AGGUGGCAGCACUGGCGCGAUUGUUAAACAUGGCGAGGUCGAGGAAAUGUUGCUAGUGAUGUUGUGACAAUAAUUUCGUAGUUUUAAAAAUGUCAGGUGUACCAUCGAAUAGGCGAAAUGGUGCACAGAAGAUCCGCCUUACAAUACUGUGCGCUAGGAACCUGGUCCGCAAAGAUUUAUUUCGUUUGCCAGACCCCUUCGCAAAAAUAACAGUCGACGGCAGUGGUCAGUGUCACUCGACUGAAACAGUGAAAAACACACUCGAUCCAAAAUGGAACUCGCAUUACGACUUGUAUAUCAGCAAAACAGACUCAAUUACGAUAUCAGUGUGGAACUACAGAAAAGUGCAAAAAAAACAGGGCAGUGGUUUCUUGGGUUGUGUUAAAAUUGUGCAUUCGUUGAUACAAAGGCUUAAAGAUACAGGAUAUCAAUGUUUGGACUUGGGCAAGGCCGCACAGGACGACACGGAACCCGUCCGAGGUCAGAUUAUCCUGUCGCUGCUGUCCAGGGACGGACCGUGCGGCGGAACGCCUUUGGCGAUAGUGGGGCCCCUGGGAGACCUGAGGGCGCCCGGUCACCACGAAAAUUCCACCGCGACCGACGAGGAGCUGCCCGACGGCUGGGAGGAGAGGAGGACCCAGAACGGGAGGUUGUACUACGUCAAUCAUAACACAAGAUCAACGCAGUGGAUCAAACCGCAACUAAACGGCAAAACCCGCCCGGUAAACAGGACCGCCCGGGUCAACAACAACAACAACACAAACUGCCCGGUGGAAAACCACAACCUCGAAACGAACAACCGCGUGGCGGAACAAACUUCGAACAACAACCCGGUGGUCGAACAGCCGCCGCGGCAACCGCCGCGGCAGCUUCAGCUGCAGCACGCGGUCGCCGCCCCCGCCAGUCCGGGUUCCAGCACGUCGCCCGUGGUCAGUCCGCAGAAGGACAGCGCCCCGACGACGCCCAUGCGCGCCGCCCCCGCCGUGCCCGCGACGCCGCCCGCCGUCUCGCCGCAGACCGAGAGAACGUUCGCGCCCACCUCGCCCACCACCACGGCGGUGGUGCCGGCGCCCAACAGCGUCGCGCCCACCUCUCCAACGUUGACUAGCGCUGCUCCCCAAACAAACGGCGUUGUCAGCCCGCAGUCCGGUUCGAGGGCGGUGCUGAGGGAGAGGCGGCAACGCGGCGGCGGCAACGGCGCCGCCGCCGAGGAGAGGCGGGACGGCUCGAGCCGCCGACGAGCCGGUCGAAACAGAAACAGCCUGCACGCGGCGACGCCGCAGCAGCCGCCCCCCGCCGCCGCCGCCGCCCCCCCGACGGCGAACGGCAUCACUUUGACGGGGAAAAUGGAGCUGCCGCCCGGAUACGAAUUGAGGACAACCACACAAGGACAAGUUUACUUUUACCACAUACCGACGGGAGUGUCGACAUGGCACGAUCCCAGGAUACCCAAAGAUUUCACUUCACUUAGUUUUGCUCUCGACCGUUUGGGGCCUUUGCCUCAAGGCUGGGAAAUGAGGCAAACCAACACCGGAAGGAUAUACUUUGUGGACCACAACAACCGCACCACGCAGUUCACGGACCCCCGCCUCAACACCCACAUCCUGAACAACAUUUUGCGGCGGUCGUCGCCGCCCGCCGACGGUCCCAACGUCGGCGCGGCCGCCCCCGGCGCCGCCGCCCCCUCCGCGACCGCCCCGCUCUCGGUGAUAACGACUGCGGCGGCCGUCGAAGGCGGCAACGUGGGGGCGGCGGCGGCGGUUCAGAGCCCCGCCGUCGUCGUAGCGACGGCCGCGAGCGCCGCCGCCGUUCAGCCGCAGGCGGCGGGGCAGAAUGUCGGCCAGCCGGCGAGUCCGAGGGUCAGGGGGCAGGAGUUCGAUUUGCCGCAAGGUCUAUUGAACGAGUCGGAAUUUUUGCCGAAAUACAAGCGCGACCUGGUGGCGAAACUGAAAGUUUUGAGGGCGGAACUGACGACUUUGCAACCGCAGAGCGGGCACUGUCGGUUGGAAGUUUCCAGGGGAGAAAUAUUCGAAGAGAGUUAUAGACUAAUAAUGAAGAUGCGCGCGAAGGACAUGCGCAAGCGGCUGAUGGUGAAGUUCAGGGGCGAGGAGGGGCUCGACUACGGGGGGGUGGCGCGCGAGUGGCUGCACCUGCUGUCGCGCGAGAUGCUCAACCCGCAGUACGGGCUGUUCCAGUACUCGCGCGACGACCACUACACGCUGCAGAUCAACCCCGAUUCGUCGGUGAACCCCGUUCACCUCUCCUACUUCCACUUCGUCGGCCGGAUCCUGGGCGUGGCGGUUUUUCACAACCACCAGCUCGAAGGCGGGUUCACGUUGCCUUUUUACAAGCAGCUGCUGAACAAGCCGAUCAUCCUGCAGGACAUCGAGGGGGUGGAUCCCGAGCUGCAUCGAUCCUUGACUUGGAUGCUGGAGAACAACAUAGACGGCGUGCUGGACACGACGUUCAGCGUGGAGAACAACAGCUUCGGCGCGGUGAAGGUGCACGAGCUGAAGCCGGGCGGCGCCUCGAUCUCGGUCACGGAGGACAACAAGCGCGAGUACGUGCGCCUGUACGUCAACUACCGCUUCAUGCGCGGCAUCGAGCAGCAGUUCCUCGCGCUGCAGAAGGGCUUCGCCGAGCUCAUCCCGCCCGCCUCGCUGCGCCCGUUCGACGAGCGCGAGCUCGAGCUCGUCAUCUCGGGCAUCGGCUCGAUCGACGUCGCGGACUGGCGCGCGCACACGCGCCUCAAGCACUGCGCCGCCGACACGCCCGUCGUGCAGUGGUUCUGGCAGGCGGUCGAGUCGUACUCGGAGGAGAUGCGCGCAAGGUUGCUGCAGUUCGUCACCGGGUCGUCGCGCGUGCCUCUACAAGGCUUCAAAGCGUUGCAAGGUUCCACUGGAGCCGCUGGCCCGCGACUUUUCACGAUACACUGCGUGGAGGUGCCGCCGCAAAAUCUGCCCAAAGCGCACACGUGCUUUAACCGCAUCGAUAUACCACCAUAUGACACCUACCAGGUUCUGUUGGACAAGCUCACCCAAGCCGUCGAGGAGACCUGCGGCUUUGCUGUUGAAUGAUAAGAAAUCAAAUUUUAGGUGCUAUAUCGAAGCGUUUCGCCACCAACUAGCUAUUGUUACAAUUUUUAAGGUACUUUUUCGCAAAAAAAAUCAUAUCCUUAGAGCUGUUCAAAGACUGUACACAGUGCCUUUCUUGUUGCUAUCACGAUUAUACAAAAUUGUACGACAAAUAAUAACUUUUUCUAGGAUAUACCUACCUUAAGUACAACUUUCUCUGUUUUUUUAAUCGUUUUUGUAUGUUAUUUGCCUUACACAAGUGCCUAAUGCUAGUCAUGUUUAAUAAGUAAAAACACGCGCUAAACACAAAGAGCAUUAAAUCAAAUUUAUAAAAUCUAGCACUAUGGUUGAGGGUUGUUUAAGAUAUUACAAUAAAAUCAUUAAACUUAUGAUCAAAUAACUAUGAGAGAAUAAAAUUGUACAACAAUAGUUUAUUAAAAUAUAUUUCUUUACAUCUUUUUAUAUCAUAACCAUAAAACUAAUUAUUUCUUUACGCGUCUAAUUUAUUUACUUUAUUCUGAAAUAAUUUAAGCAAUAUUGUGAUUUCUUUUUACUCUUACUCUAUUUGUAUAUAACUUUGCCCUAUAAAAACUAAAAUUAAAUAACUUUUGUUAACCUAAAUGGAAGAAAAUUGUUUUCUUUUACUUUGCUACCAACCUGAAAUUUCUAUAGAUAAUUAUCUCUAUGGAAAGCAGUAAGCCUAUCAGAGCAUGGCAUUCUCCACAGCACACUAGGUGCGACGGAGAAUGCCGUUCUCUGAUUGGUUUAUUGCGUUCUAUAGACAUCAUAUUCCAUAGAAAGUGUAAAUUUCAAGGAACUCUAUCUAAAGCAAAGUUUCUUUAAUAAAUAAAUAAAAAUUAGUUUAAUUUAUUGUAUAUUAUUAAUAUAAAUUGAACUGUAAUUUUUUUGUAUAUUUUCCAAGCAUUCACAAUAAUUUAAGUUAUUAAAUAAAUAUACAUAUAUCAUUAAAAGGCAAAUUUACAAAAUACUCUGAAAAAAAUUGUAAAUAUACUAGGAAUUUAAAUAAUGUUACUUGUUUAUAAAUAUUUAGUGAUACAAUUUAUUGUGGUUUAAUGUUAAGAUUUUUUGUAUAUUAUUGUAAUAUUGAACGAAAUUAUAUUUUAAAAUAUUUUGUAA